UGUGAUGAACAAGAUAUCAAUGCUGACUUCUUCUGCAGUGAUGGCUCUGCCUCUAGCUGUGAAUCUGUGGUUGCUGCAGCUGGGUAUGUAUGUAUCUUAGCAGCCUCACAUGCAGGCUGAUCAGGUGCGUGGACUAAGUUUGAGAGAAAUCGGAGGUGGUUUUCCAAAACACCAUCGUGCUCCAUCUCUUCAUUGCUAAACCCUUAACAAUGGUGCAAAACAUAAAGAGACUAAGGGGACAUAGGGAUGCUGUUUAUUGUGUGGCGCUUGCCAGAUGGAUUUCCUAUUUCAGUUUUGCGUGGACAUAUAGGAGCUGUUACUGCCAUUGCAUUUAGUCCCCGGCCUAGCUCUAUGUACCAGCUGUUAUCUUGCCAGAUGUUGAAGGCAAGUGGUGCUGCUGGAAUGGCUCCUCAGCGCCGUCGAUCAUCCUCGGCUACUCUGUUUGGAAGGAUGACACAGAGUUUCCGAGGAACUCCGCAAGGAGUUAAUCUUUCCUUUGUAAAUGGUGGCCUGACUGGUGGAGCAGAAACUUUACACGAAGUUGAAGCCAAAUACCCAGCUUUGCUUUUCAAGUAGUAACUUACAGCAUUUGUAGAAAAGAUUUAUGGAAUGAUUUGAGAUAACCUUAAGAAAGAGAUUUCUCCAUUGCUUGGGUUGUGCAUCCAGGCACCAAGAACUUCGAGGGCAAGCUUGGUUAAGGGAUCAUCACGUUCAGUUGCAACUACAGCAGCACAGCAAGCGUUGAUUGCUCACUGGCAAGGGAUU